AUGGUUCUAGAGGCUGAGAAGUCCAAAAGCAUGGUGCUGGCAUCUGGGUCCCGAGCCCUGCAGUGCUACAGCAUGGAGCACAUCUACUUCGGGCACUUUGACCUCAGUGCCUUGCAGCUCCCCAACGUCUCCUGUCCUUUAGGGUGCUCAGAAGUUGUCAUGUCCCUGGACACUGCUAGGCGGGAACCCUGGUGCAGUGCGCAGCCCGCGCUACCGUGCAGCGAACAAUUGGCUGAAAGCGCGUGCAUCCACUCUUUGGCAGCGCCGUCCCCACAGACGCUCAGCGGCACGGAGUGCUACGUGUGUUUGGGGGUCCACCCUGAGGACUGUUCUGUGGAAAAGUCCCGCCGGGUGCAGUGUCACCGGGACCAGAGCGUCUGUUACCAGGGCAAUGGCAGAAUGAACACCGGCAACUUUUCAGUCCCCGUGUACAUCCGAACCUGCCACCGGCCCUCCUGCAUCGUCGUGGGCACUAGCAGCCCCUGGACGGCCAUCGACCUCAACGGCUCCUGCUGCGAAGGCAGCCUGUGCAAUGGGGGCUCCCUGAACUUCACCGCAGUCCAGGCCACAGCCCCUCCCCGGGCUCCCCGCGCCCUGGCCCUGCUCCUCACGUCCGCCUUGCUGGCUAGUGCUCUGGGAGGACCCCUGGGGCUCUCCGCAUAGAGGAUGCCGGGACUGGACCUGCACCUCCUGCCCACGUGUCAGCCUCUGUCGUGGGUCACUGGAGGACGCUCCUGUCCCUCCCGUGAUCUCCUUUCCUUCCCUCUGCCCUGCUUCCCCACCCUCACUCUGCCUGCAGCUGGUCAGUAGGCCUGGAAGAAACUGGGCCUCCCAGGGUAGGGAGUCGCCGGGUCCCGCCCACCGGAAGAGAAGUCCUGCCGACAGCUGUCACUCACACCAGGCGCUGCUGCAGGGUCUCCCAAGCUCUCCUUUGGGGCCCUGCACAGCUGUGGGACGGCCAGCGUGGUGUCUCUAAUAGCAUCUUCCUGAGAGGCAUGGAAAGCCGUUUCCUGUGAGAAGCUGGACUAGAACUGGGCCUCCUCCGUGGGAUCCCAGCUCUGUCUGUUAGCCUGGGGGUGGCCGGGAGCAAAUAGUUUAAACUCUCUGCCCCUCAUUUCCUCACCUGUCAGGUAGAGUGAAAAUAAAGUCUGUAAUGAUG